ACUUACUCGUUUGUUUUUCUAGAGACAAGAUAUUUGUUUUCGGGCUUCAACAAAUUUAAAAAUUUGUGACAGAAUUUAAAGUUUUCCCAUAAAAGCAUUUGCAAUCUUGUUGAUGAUCAAAUUAUUAAAAACUUUACAUUUCGAAAUCUUUUUGUAUCGAGUGGAUAUUCAAUCAAACGUUGCCUUAUUCCAAUAUCAAAUGCACCAACACAAGCACACGCCAACGUCUGCGUCGUUUAUGUUAAAGCACCACACAUGAGUUUACAACAUUUUUGAGAGCUGGUUUCUUAUUCUUGUUGUUGCUGUUGUUGGCCGCAAGAAAGUGAAUUCUUUCCAAAACGCGCUAUCCCACCAUCGCUAUCUGUGUCUCUGCGGCUCACGGCGUGUCUGCUGCUGUAACAGACUAUGUCAACACUCGACGAACGAGAACUCUAUAAAAAUAAUACAUAUUUUAAGGGUCACAUUUAUGGGAACUAUUCUCCCUUCUAUGUAACAAUUACCAUUGUCACAUUGUUUAUUGGUUCAAUUAUAUUGUUGAAUAUCAUUCUGGGUUGCUGCUCCAAGCAUAGGAAAUAUUGGCAAGAUAGACAUACGGGAAAUCGUUGGCUAGUUUCGAUUUGGACUGCAACGCCACAUAAGCAACCACCAUUGGAUUUAACUGAACUGAAAGACGUCUCAUAUUUUCAAAAAUUGCAGCCUGCACCUCGUAUUUUCCCUGAAGACGUUAUAACCCAGAGCGAAGAAGUUCCCAUACAUCAGCAUCAGCACCAACAAUACCAAAGUCGACCACCACGCCCAGAAGGUCGUGGCUUACAUCAACAGAGGCAACGGGAGGAGUACGUUGAAUUGCAAACAAAACGCGAAAGCGAUAUUUAAGCUAAAAAGCAUACAAAUUGCUCAAAACAAAAUCAUCAUCAGCUCAUACUAAUAUUCUUCCAAAAUUUAUAAUCAAUCAAUCAACAACUAAGCAAUG